UGUUUGGUGGAUAUCGGCGUGAAAACGUACGUGAGAUUAGUUCAUCUUAGCGUUUCCUAAGAUUUAUCUGUGUGUUCGUAGGCAGACGGACCAUACAAGCUAGCUGAUGGUGAGUAGUCAUGUAGCUCAUUGGUAGAAAUAAAGCUAAAAUAAGCAGGGUGGUGGUACCUACCCGUGCGAACUCACAAGAGGUCCUACCACCUGUAAAAAAUCUAUAUAAAUAUUUUGUAAUUUUAGCCUUGGUGCUCAUCAUGGUGCAUUUAACGGAAGAACAAAAAAAGUUUUACGAAGAGAAUGGCUAUAUAGUUCUGAAGAAUGUUCUGUCGGAGGAAGACCUGUGUUCAAUCACAAUAGAAUAUAACAAUCUCUUCAACAGGAAGAACCAGGAAAAGAUGGAGAGCUCCUGGGUUGGCAGUGAUCAUAACGACAGGAAACAUGACAAGAAUUUUACUGUGAAAGGCAUCCACAACCUUCAGUUCCACCAUGCCGUGUUCUCCAAGUUUAUCUUCAACGACAAUCUUCUGGACGCUCUCGAGGAUGUAAUGAACACUAAGAACAUUAUUUUCCAUCACACGAAAGCUCACUACAAGCCCCCCGAAAAAGGAGCAGCUUACCCAAUGCACCAAGACUAUCACUAUUUCCCGUACGAAAAAGACUCAAUGGUUGCGUCUUUCUUGCAUUUAGACGCAGCCGAUCCUAAGAAUGGAUGCCUUUAUGUGUACCCCGGCUCACACAAACUGGGACCUCAGGAAGAUGUUGGUGCUAAAGAAGGAAAUUUUCAUUUUGUUGAUCAGAAAAAGUUCCCUAUAUCGGGAGCGAAACCGGUGAUCGCCGAUCGUGGAGAUGUGGUAGUAUUCUCCUAUCUACUGAUCCACGGCAGUACUCCUAAAUACUCACAUCGUCCGCGACGUAUGCUGCUCAUGCAGACAGCAGCCGCUGAUGACCGGCGUCUCUCCAUUGGACAACCUACACAGCCGGGAUACGGAUGGUUACUCCGAGGAGUCAACCUUGAAAGGGACGCUAGUAUCUCGAAGAGAUUUGAUGCGUAAUAAAUGCUGGUACAAAGUA